AACUAUAGCAUGAUUCUUUCAUGGCUGCCAUUUUAGAUCCUCGCUUAAAACUUCAAUAUGUGAAGUUUUGUUUUGUGCAAUUAGAUGGUAGAAGUGCUGAAUAUAAGACUGAAAAAGUGAAAGAAAGUCUCUUCCAGCUAUUUGAAGAGUAUUCACAAGUUGAUAUUUCUCCCCUUGGUUGUACUAGAGUUGGAAGCGGGAAUGCAAGUCUUGCUGCGUUUUCAUCUUAUGAGAAUAAAUUGGAUCCUUUGUCGGAUUUGGAUGUUCUUGGUUGGUGGAAGGAUAAUGCUAAAAGGUUUCCACAAGUUGCAAGUAUGGCAAGAGAUUUGUUAAGUAUUCGAAUUACUACUGUUGCUUCCGAGUCGAGUUUUAGCUUGGGAAGUAGGAUACUAACAAAAUGGAGAGCUUCCUUACUACCGGAGAGUGCCGAGACUUUGGUCACAACCCGAAGUUGGCUAUAUGGAUAUGAUGUUGAAAAUGAUAACAAUUCACUUGAAGACGGUGUUGAAAUUCCGAUUUUAAGGGAUCCAAACAAAGAACCUCAAGUUAUCGGCGUAGAAGAGAGCGGAGUUGAAAUUCUUGAAGAUGAUGAUUUUUAGUAAAUGUUGUCUUAGAUUAUCAAAUAGUAGACUAUGAACAAGUUUAUUAAAUUCUAAUUGUCAUACUUUGUUGAACUAAUUUUAUUUUCUGUUUAAUGCAACUUUUGAUAUGUACUCUAUAUAAGUUAUAAUUUUA